AUGAAUCCAUUCACGAGGCGGCCCACUGCAGCUUGGUACCCAGUUGGCCUUGCGUCCGAGCUACCAAAUCUCGACGAUGAUGGCCAGCGAGUCGCCCCAAAAUGCAAAGCUUUCGCCAUUCCCACCAAUGGCCCUGUGACACGAGUUGAGGACAUUGAUUUACCAGGAGAACUGAAAGAUCAAGUCCUGGUAUUCAAGUAUAAAGGAAAAUACCAUGCUAUCGAUCAUCAAUGCCCCCACUCGUCCUUCCCACUUUCACAGGGGAGUCUGUUUGAUAUUGAAGAUUUCGGAAUCGUUCUCAGCGCUGGAAUCACAUGUCCUAAGCAUGAUUGGUCGUUUGACUUAUUUUCCGGUCAAUCAGAUCGUGGCAAAUACAAACUCAAGGUGUGGGAGGUACAGCUGCGUGAUUCAACAUCUGGAAGCACUGAUCAGGAGGUUUGGGUGAGGCGCAAACAACGAAUCGGAUAA